CUCGAAUUUCGAUGAUUGAAAUGGUCACCCGAAUUAUAACUCCAUACUACUUUCGUUUAAAGGCGGCACAUGUUCCAACCAUAGCAAUAUGCUUUUUGGCUUUUUCUGUGUUGAUUUUGUUAUUAUACUCGUAUGCCUUUUCCAAAAUUCAAGCUUCCGCCACUCUCGGUUCACUCCACCCCGAUAGUCUAUCUCUUUCGGCACUUCUCUCGGAAAGUUCUGAGGGAACCAUGCUUCUCAACCUGAUCUCAAGUGUGUCUAACGAUCUCCAAGGGUGAAGUUCGGCAUUUAUUCAUCUCUUCCUGGGUGGUGGAAUGCCAAUCCUUGUCUGAGUUUGGGACCGGAGGUGCCGAGAGCGUUGGACGAAGCGGGGUGUGGAGUAUGCUCGGCCCUUUUCCCAUUUUUCUCUUCUCUUUUCCUCACGUGUCCCCCUUUCUCC